AUGAUGCUUAGGCAUUUCAGGUGUCUCCUCGUAUUCCUGCUCCUUUGCGUUAUAGUUCUCAGCAAGAGCAUAGACGACUUGGUGGAAUGUGGAUGGGACGUGCUAUGUGAUAGAAAAGAUCCAAUUCCCAUUCCAGGAAACUUUACUCUAGCCUCAAAUAUAAGCAGCAGAUGUUUCUGUGAUCCAGAAUGCGUCAAGUACGGUGACUGUUGUUUGGAUCGAGCUCCAUUUCCAAGACAAAGAAGUAACAAAGUUUUUUCCUGUGUGCCUCUGUCUCUGAAUAUGAGUAUAUAUGCCGUAUCUAACUGCGUUUCUGGAGAGGAAUGGAGAGAUCUGUGUGAAAAGGAAACCUAUUCUCAACCACAGGAAUAUUAUCAGGACAUUCCUGUGUACUCGAACUUGACUGGUCUUCAUUAUGCCAAUUAUUAUUGUGCCCUUUGCGAGCCAGGGCUCUUAAAAGCGUUACUGAAGGGAGCUGACGUCAUCGAACUUCCUAAACAUUCCAUGAAGUGCAGCCAUAAUAUCACUAUCAAGAUGCUGCGCAAGCACGGAAAGUAUCAAAAAGGAAAGUUGAUAUGGAAAGUGGGACAUGGUUUCUGUGCCUUUUCUCAAACCGAGAUGUUAAAGCAUGGAAGACCUUGUAUUCCUUCCAUCUCAACCUGCCCGCUUGAUUCUGACCCUCAGGUCGCUGCUAAGUGUGCUGCGUACUCUCUGCUGAUUACCGAAUCGAACAAGGUGUAUCGGAAUCCACAUUGUGCCCUCUGCAACGGUGUGAACAAGUCCAACAUGUUCUGCAAAUACCGACAUAACGACCUUAUCCUGCCUAGUCUUUCUGAGAUCUUCACCUUCGACUGGUCCUUUAGCGCCUGUAACUUUCCUGAAAAUAUGAGAUGGGAUAUCUUCCGCAAGAAGUGUACUGCAGUCAAUUGCCCGAUAAGUGGAUCGUGUAAGGUCACCAUGUGCCAGGACAAAAAAUGCUUCCAUCGAAAGCAUACCCUUGGCCGUGUUAUAGACGGUUAUCUAACUUAUGCAAGUCUCUCAAUUUCAGUUGUUUGCCUUCUCAUCCAUGUCUACUUAGCCAUAUUUAUCUCUCCUCCAAAGAACUUGCCUUCAAAAGUGGUCAACUCUCUUGCGUGGUCUCUACUGAUUGCUCAAACAUUAUUCUUGUGCGGAAUAUACUCAUUAGUGUCUCUGCCACACGCCAUCUGUUACAGUAUAGCUGUAACUAUACAGUUCUUCUUCCUGGCUUCGUUUUUCUGGAUGAAUGUCAUCAGCUUCGACAUAUUUCACACUUUUUCAGACUCUUCAUUGAAAAACUACACGACCAAAAGUUACACAAAGUAUGCCUUGUGGAGUUGGGGAGGAGCUGCUAUUAUUACUACUAUCUCUAUUGUAGCUGAUUUGACCGAUUUCAUACCUGACAAUUUUAGGCCCCAGUACACAGCGAGGCAUAAUUACUGCUGGUUUGGUAAUUGGGCAGGUAUGGGUCUGUUUUUCUUCUUUCCCAUCCUUAUUACUAAUAUACUGGACAUGGUAUUAUUUUUCAUAACUAUCUGCAUGUUCAGGAGGAUGCAGUGCAAUUCUCAUAAAAUCAACAAAUCUGGGAGGAAGGAAUACAAUAGACUGUGGUUGUAUAUAAAGUUAUCAACAAUGAUGGGUACCAUGUGGGCAGUAAGCAUAUUAACCUCUCUUUCAAAGAAGCCAGACUAUCAUUUCCCAUUCACUGUUUUAAAUGGUUUACAGGGAGCUUUUAUCUUCAUCAUGUUUGACUUGAAAAUAACUACUAUUUUUAACUACUUUGAACUGAUGGCUUUGAAAUUUCUUAGUAUGGUUGUUAAAGGCAAGAAGAAAGCUUUAGUAAAUGAUGAUGGGAAUCAUGUUACUAUUUCAAAUAGCACUAUUUCUAGCAGUAUAGGAUGUGAGUAA